GACUAGCAUGUGUUCUCAAGGAUCCACCUUUUCCCUCCCUAGGCGAAGAAACCCCAGGAUUUUAGUGCUGGGAUCCUGGGAGGGCUCAGGACCUCCAGUCUGGAAGCCACUUUGGGGGUCCUGGCCUUCAUGGAGCGGCUGAGGCACUGUCCAUCAGAACACCAGGCCACGGUGAAUGCUGUCCUGGCUGCCCUGUGCCGCCCUCUCUUCCACCACGAGGAGGCUAAGAUCCAAAGGGCAGCCAUGAGGACCCACCUGGAUCUCCUGCAGCACCGCCACCACCAUCAUGAGGGUACAGAGGAGAACAUCACGACCCUCAUCGUGGUUCUGAUGCAUGUGGAGGAUGAAGACCUGGAGGUAGCACAGGCUGCGAAGGACAAUCUGAGACUCCUGGCGGAAGCCCUCCUAUGGCACCUGGAGGGCAAGCUGCUGGCGCGGGACUCUUACAGCCUGCAGGAGCUGCUCCACAAGAUCGCCAAGCGUCUGAUUCGGCAGCUCGGCACAGAGGACGCCGUGGAGAUGGAGGCCACCAAGAUCCUGGGCUUCUUCCGCAGCGAGCAGCCUUCAGUGAGGAGAACGGCUGCCCUGCUGAUCGGUCACCUGGUCCACAAAAAGGGCAGCAUCCUCACUGAAGGGAACAUAGAGACCUUCCAUGGUGCGCUGGAGAGCUUGCUUGGCGACCAUGACCCCGAGGUCGGGAGUGUUGCCUGCAAGACAGAGAAGAUCGUGAAGAAGGCCUUUUCCCUCCACUCCCGGCACGGGCUGCGGGCUGCCGUUCGGCGCUUGUGGGCGGGCUGUAAGAAGAAGAGACACCCGCCAGAGUACGGUGAUCUCUCCACCUGACCGACUGGAACAACAGCCCCGUGCUCUCCCCUUGAAGAUCAGCAGCUGAAGGGAGGUUCAGGAAAGACCGUGCAGCGCAGGGGCCUCCCAGAAGACCUCCUCCAACCGCGUGGACACAAGAUCUGUCCACAAGAAGACAUCCAGCAGGGAAGUGCAGUUCUGUCUGAGGAGUGAGGGGGAAGCAGGCUCCACUGCCCUGGCCCAAGGAAGCCCCGCCUCUGGGGUGCAGAAGCCCCUCCCCUUGCUUCUGCUGGCAGGCUGUGGGAGGAGGCUACAAGACCACCCUGCCCCCAAGUGGCCCUUUGGAACCAUUCUUGGGCUUCCCUUGGGUCCGGGGAGGCUGUGUGGCCCCGGCAGGAGGGCAAGGUCACCGCCUCCCUCCAUUCCCACCAGCGGGCCAAGGAGCGCCCCCUCCUCCUUCCACCUUUCUCCCCUUCCCCAGCGGCCUGGCUUCCCCUGGCAGGGGAAGCCCCAUCCAGGCAUCCGCCCGCUCCCCUGCCGAGGGUGUGCUCCUCCCCCCCUCCACUCCCGCAGCCACGCCUCACUCCCCCCUCCGCUCCCUCCUCCUUCCUCCCAAACCGGUGCAGCAGCAGAGCAGCCUGGGAGAAUCUGGGGGCCCCCUGCAGCCCCAGUAGCGCCCCCUGGGGCUGCCCGGUGGCAGGCCAGAGAAUCCUCCUCUCCCUCCUGCUCCAUGCUGUGGCUGCACAGUGGGGAGCCCGAGGUCAAGCAGAAUUCUCUGGCUUGCCCCCCCCUCAACCCCCAGCCCCCUGCCCAAUCCCCACUUGCUGGGCUGCCGGAGUGGAAAGGGAGGAGGAGCAGGGCAACCCCACUGACGCUGCUUUGUGCUUCUUGCAGGCUUGUGCUGCUGCUGGGCGGCUGGAGGAGUCGAUCCGCCCCAGAAGAGGAGACCAAGUGAACGUGCCUGCAAGGAGCGGGGGUGGGGUAGGGUUGGGGGCUGGCUGGGACUCCCCCCAAUUUUGUUUGCCCUGCCAUUCCCUUCUUCUGUGUGACCCUGGGCUUCCUCCCUUCCCUCCUUCUCUCCCUCCCUCCUUCUCCCUCCCAGGGGCAGAAUGGGCUUUGCUGGUCGCCCUGUUGGGGGCCGAGUAGGAAUUUUUGGCUUUCCAACAGAUUGGCCAAGAUGGAAAGUUUUUUUGCCUACUCCAUUCUGUCCUGUUUUGUUUCCUUUAAUUAGAAAGUUAAGUGACGACUUGUAACCUAUUUAAGUAUAUGAAUAAAGUUGCCACUUUGUUAACAGCUA